CGCCCCCGCGCCCGUUAUGGCGGCUCUGGGCGCUGCUGCCACCGCUUCUCAGCUUCUCUGCCCGAGGAACCUUCGUGUGGUCCCUCUUCUCCGAUGUGCCCAGAGAACAUUUGCCUCCCAGACCUCGGGGGAGCUCAAAAUGACUCGUAUCCUGAAAGAGAAGUUUCCUCAGGCAGCAGCUAUCAAGGUCACAGACAUUUCAGAUGGUUGCGGGGCCAUGUAUGAAAUCCAUAUAGAGUCAGAAGAGUUUAAAAACAAGCGAAUUUUACAGCAGCACCAGAUGGUUAACAAGGCACUAGAAGAAGAGAUUAAAGAUAUGCAUGGGCUGAGAAUAUUCACUUCGGUCCCAAAGCAUUGAAGCCUUGCUCGGGGCCUGAGCCUGCUGCCGACGUUACUGCUGGG